AUUGGUCCCACCUCACCAGAAAGGAAAAGCCCAACGAAACCCCCGACCCAACCCGACCCAGGUGAGCGAGCCAGCUGCUGCUGCACCACGCCUGCGACGCCCCCAACGCACGCUGAGUUGAGCUCUUUCUCGUUUUCCGGCGGCGGCGGAGAUGGCGGCGAACCUGGAGGACGUGCCGUCGCUGGAUCUGAUGCACGAGCUGCUCCGCCGCAUGAAGUGCAGCUCCAAGCCCGACAAGCGCCUCAUCCUCAUCGGACCACCCGGCUCUGGAAAGGGAACUCAGUCUCCCCUUAUUAAGGAUGAAUAUUGCCUGUGCCAUUUAGCCACUGGUGAUAUGCUGAGGGCUGCGGUGGCUGCAAAGACUCCUCUAGGAAUCAAAGCUAAAGAAGCUAUGGACAAGGGAGAGCUUGUUUCCGAUGACUUGGUUGUGGGGAUCAUUGAUGAAGCCAUGAAGAAACCCUCAUGCCAGAAAGGUUUCAUCCUUGAUGGCUUCCCUAGAACUGUCACUCAAGCACAGAAGCUUGAUGAGAUGUUGGCAAAGCAAGGUGCUAAUGUUGACAAGGUCCUGAACUUCGCAAUUGAUGAUGCUAUAUUGGAAGAACGGAUUACUGGUCGCUGGAUCCACCCAGCGAGUGGUAGGACUUACCAUACAAAAUUUGCACCUCCAAAGGCUCCGGGAGUUGAUGAUGUCACUGGAGAGCCAUUGAUUCAGAGGAGAGAUGAUACAGCUGAGGUCUUGAAGUCAAGGCUUGAAGCCUUCCACAGACAAACUGAGCCUGUGAUUGAUUACUACUCCAAGAAGGGCUUAGUGGCGAACUUGCCUGCGGAGAAACCACCAAAGGAAGUGACUGUUGAGGUGCAGAAAGCUCUCUCAUGAUGAAGUAUCCGUUCUUGAGCUUAAGCAUGAUGACGUGUACCAAAGUCCCUAGUUGGGGUUCCUUCAAAGUUUAUACUGAUGCCGACAUCCCGCGGUUUCCAUUUUCAAUUUUUCAUUUGUGCAUCUGCACCAUUUUAUCACAGCUUUGACAAGCUCGGGAAUUGUCUGAAUAAUUUCUGUUUCAAAUGAGGGAAGCUGUUUUUUCGGAACUAAUACAGAGAUGAUUGCAGCAAUUCAUACUUGGCAAAAUUUUAUUUGCUA